UAUUCAUCGGUAGGCGGUUGGUUGGUUGGAUCAAAGAUCGUAUAGCGCCGCUAGGUACUCUGGAUAGGGAGCAAGAAAAGUGUUCGAAAAUUGUAAACUUCAGGCAAUUAUAACCAUGUCAAAGUCAUUUUUCUCACAUGUUCAACCGGCUACACCGGUUGCAGUGUUUCAGUUAACUGCUGAUUACAAAGCUGACAAAAGCCCAGUGAAAGUAAAUCUUGGUGUUGGAGCAUAUAGAACUGACGAUGGUGUUCCAUGGGUUCUACCAGCAGUCAGGCAAGUUGAAGAGCAGAUGGCAGCUGACAGGUCCCUGGACCAUGAGUACUUGCCGAUCGCCGGCCUGCAAGAGUUCUCCACUGCAGCUGUUAAGGUGAUCCUUGGCGAUGACAAUCCAGCUAUUCUACAGAAUCGGACCAUGGGAUUCCAAGCUCUGAGUGGCACCGGUGCAAUUCGUCUUGGUGCUGACUUUCUUUCAAGACAUCUUCAUAGCACUUUGGUUUACGUUCCUGUCCCAACAUGGGCCAAUCACUACGGCAUCUUCCAAAAUGCCCAUUUCAAGGAAGUGCGGACUUACAGGUACUGGAAGAAGGAGACUAGAGCUUUGGAUUUUGAAGGCAUGAUGGAGGACAUCCAGGGUGCACCUGAGGGGGCAGUAGUUAUAUUACAUGCUUGUGCACAUAAUCCAACUGGUGUGGACCUCACCAACGAUCAGUGGAAGAAGAUGGCAGAGAUCAUUCAGGAGCGGAAGUUGUUUCCUUUCUUUGAUGCUGCAUAUAUUGGCUUUGCUAGUGGUGAUCUUGAGAGGGACAGCUGGGCCAUACGUUACUUUGCUAGCAAGGGAAUGGAAUUAUUCGCUGCACAGUCAUUCUCUAAAAAUUUUGGCUUGUACAACGAACGAGUUGGAAACCUGGCAGUUGUUGUGAAUGAUGCAGACUGUAAAAGUCGAAUCAAGUCCCAAUUGGAAUUGAUUGCCAGGCCCAUGUGGUCUAAUCCACCCAAUCACGGAGCCAGAAUUGUUGCCACUAUAUUGAAUAACCCAACAUUGAAUCAACAAUGGAGAGAGCAUAUCAAGGAAAUGUCCCAAAGAGUUCUCCAGAUGAGAGAGUUGUUAUACCAACGCUUGAAAGCCCUUGGAACACCAGGAACAUGGAACCACAUUGUCGAUCAGAUUGGAAUGUUUAGUUUCACAGGUUUAGGACCUAAACAAGUUGAAAGUCUAAAAACAAAGCACCAUGUGUACUGCAUGAAGUCUGGUCGGAUAAACAUGUGUGCACUGACAACGAAGAAUGUUGAUUACGUCGCUCAGGCUAUCCACGACGUUGUCACUAACAUCCAGGAGGAUCCAAGUCUUUAAGGAUGUCGUAAAAUUAUAGCUUAUAUUGUUUAUAUUUUCAUUAUUGAUAUAGAUUAUAUUCUUGAUUAAUUCUUAUAGUCAUUAUCAUCAACAUAUAUGCGGCUAUUAUUGCUGUUUUAAUUUUCUAUUAUAUAUACAACAUUGUUGAGCUGCAUAAGAAACUAAAAGAAAAGAAUUUCUCAAGGAUUCAUAAUUAUGAAUCAUAGCAAUUAUCAUUGCAAAUGGCCAGAUUUGUUAAAAUACAAAACAUAGCAAGUAACGUUCUGAUGACAUUAAUGAUGAUUACGGUAAUUAUAAUAAUUACCGUAUUAUUCAUUGUCAUUUUCAUCAUCAUCAUCAUCAUUAUUAUCAACAUUAUUAACAAAUUUUGCAAUCUAUUUUAUUAUUUUUAAAAAAAUUUCAAUUGAAAUUAUGUGGUGUCGUUUAAGACAACCACUCAAAUAUAGUAUUAUUAUACUUCUUGGUUGAAUGUUUGGUUAUGAUGUGCUGUGGAAGAAUCAAUAUUAACUGUUUAAACAUCUAAUUGUUAUAUGCUGAAAUAUUUUUUUUUUUUUUGUUCAAAGCAAACUCUCUGCAUGUAAUCUAAAUUUGUCUAUUAACACUAUUUAACCAGUUUCAAAUAGGACAUUUUAGAUGAUGAUGUGAAUUAAUUUGUCUUGCUAUUAGCCAAAAGCAUAGACAAGGGAAUCAGGUGACCUUUCUGGACUCUUAGUCAACUGACUACUUGGAAGAGGCCAGGAAUGCUAGACUAGAUUCCAGUCCCUAAAUUUUGUCUUAAUCAGUGAAAAUGCUUAAAAAUACAUCGAUUUUGGCACCAAUGGCGUUCCAUAUUACUUAUUUGCAUGGCGUCCCAUACUAGGGAAAGAACCAAUAAAUUAGAGACUUGAGGCAAAGUCUAUAGGAACGCAUGCACAUCCCACAAAGAUACAUUCUGGGCGUCCUUCAAGUUAAAUCAUGCAAAAAUAUUUUAUUGCCUUUGUAAGGCACCGUCUAUAUUUGCUAGGUGGUCAUAUAAAUAGUUAUAUUAUUUUAUUUGUCAGAGCACUCAGAGAAUCUCCUCUCGCUCUUUUAGUAAAAGAUUAUUUUAAUCAAGGAGGUGUAGCAAUAUUUUAUACCUCCUUUAACUGAUAAAUGAAGUAUUCAAUAUCCUGUACGAUUGUUUUCGCCUGCUGCAGAGUUGAUAUAUAAUCUAACCAUGGAGGUAUAAAUUUUUAUACCUCCAUGAUCUAACACGAAUGUUUCAGUAAUGGCCUUGAAAGUUUCUGAUUUUGACCAAUAUGGCAAUAUAGCGCCCUCCAUCAAUAUAACUAUUGUAUUCUGAGUUGUUGGUCGAGAGUCUUAUUGAUUAACUUGAUUAAAAGUAGUUAUUAAUAUUA